AUGAUUUGUUGCAGUUACGAACGUGCACCAGCAAUCGAAGUGCCCGUGUUAGUGUGUCACGGCAGUUCCGACAGAACCAUUCCAAUAGCUCAUGGAAUUGCGAUGAAAGAACGCUUCAAGCAUGCUGUUCGACCACUCUACGUCGCCGAUGCCAGUCAUCUGAGUAUAUUCUCAACUAGGCAUCCGGUCGUGUUCUGGCGAAUUCGAUAUUUCUUAAGAUACGAGCUCUAUUGCCUCAAAUAA